GCUGCCUCCAGUUCGUAGUGUCGAUAACCGAGUCAGAAAUCAAAAGGUUUUGUCGCCAGUGUUGAAUAUUUCUAAAAAAAAAAAAAAAAAAAAUGUCGCAUCAUUGGAAGCCAUAACUACUCAGAGCGGUGCUCGAUGAAUCUAUUCUGAGUGCUCGGAUUAGGUUAAUCCUGAUUUAUCACUUGUCUGUGUGCAUUAUUACCGCAAGCGCUCAUGGUGACCCUCAUGGACUCGGCGCCCAAACCCGGCGCCUCGCAGGUCUCGGACGUCGUGUUCGUCAUCGAGGGCACGGCCAACCUCGGACCGUACUUCGAAUCCCUGCGCAAGAACUACAUCCUUCCAGCGAUCGAGUACUUUAACGGAGGUCCGCCCGCUGAAACGGACUUCGGAGGAGACUAUGGAGGGACACAGUAUGGGCUGGUCGUCUUCAAUACUGUGGACUGCGCCCCCGAAUCUUACGUCCAGUGUCACGCCCCCACAAGCUCUGCCUUCGAGUUCGUGUCGUGGAUCGACAGCAUUCAGUUUAUGGGAGGCGGAGCCGAGAGCUGCAGCCUCAUCGCCGAGGGGCUCUCUGUCGCGCUGCAGCUGUUCGACGACUUCAAGAAAAUGCGGGAACAAAUCGGUCAGACUCACAAGGUGUGUGUGCUCCUGUGUAACUCUCCCCCGUACCUGCUGCCCGCCGUCGAGAGCGUCACGUACACGGGCUGUUCCACAGACAGCCUGGUGCAGAUCAUCCGAGACAGGGGAAUCCAUUUCUCGGUCGUCGCCCCGCGGAAGCUUCCGGCUCUCAGAGCUCUGUACGACCGGGCGUCGCCCCUAGGAGCGCCCGAGCCGUCACACCCGGAUUACAGCCAGGACCCGUUUCACAUGGUGCUGAUCCGCGGCAUCGCGCUCCCGGUCGCUUCUGGUUCCGUCGCUCCCAAACCUGUUCUGCCACCACAGCCCAUGCCUGUCAAUCAGCCUCAAAUCUGCUCCACCUCCCAGCCUCCUCCUCCAAUUGGCACGUACCAGCCCCCUCAGUCUCUGAACGCAGCGGCGGCCGCGGCGGCAAUGGCCGUGGAAACCGCCAGCAAUCAGAAGACUCGCUUCACAGGAAUGAUGAACACUGGCCCUCCCUUCACUACCCAGCCAACCCUACCCACAGUGGGCGGAGUCAAAUUGCCACCCGCCAGCCAGCCCAGCUUAUCCACCGUCACCACAGUGUCCACGCCCAUGUUACCACAGCAACCAGCCCCUCCUCCGGUCCAACAGCAGCCGCAGCCUCAAGUCCUGCCUCCCGGGCCGCAGACGACCAAUCAGCCGCCACCUCAGGCUCUGCAGCAGCCGCCGCCGACCAAUCCGCAGGCGCCGCCGCCCUCUCAGCCUGGCAUGGCCGGAGUUUCUGCGCCGCAGCCCGGAGGGAACCCCAUCGCCGGUCAACAAGUCGGUUCUGGUAAAGUGGUUGCCUGGAGUGGCGUUCUGGAGUGGCAGGAGAAGCCCAAAGCCUCCUCCAUUGACUCCAACACCAAACUGACUCGCUCGCUGCCCUGCCAAGUGCAAGUCAACCAGGGAGAGAACCUGAACACGGAGCACUGGCCUCAGAAGCUCAUCAUGCAGCUCAUCCCUCAGCAGCUCCUGACGACUUUAGGUCCUCUGUUCAGGAACUCUCGAAUGGUCCAGUUUCUCUUCACCAAUAAGGACAUGGAGUCUCUGAAGGGUCUGUACCGCAUCAUGGCCAACGGCUUCGCGGGCUGUGUUCAUUUCCCCCACAGCGCUCCGUGUGAAGUGCGCGUCCUCAUGCUUCUCUACUCGUCCAAGAAGAGGAUCUUCAUGGGUCUGAUCCCCAACGACCAGAGCGGCUUCGUUAACGGCAUCCGCCAAGUCAUCACCAACCACAAACAAGUGCAGCAGCAUCGCACGAUGGGUAACGCGGGUCAGAUGCAGCCUGCUCAGGUUCCACCUAAUCAGAACUUCCUGAACCGACCUCCUGGACAGAUCCCCGUCACUCACGGCAACGUGCAGCCACAGCCUGUGGUGGUGGGCAUGGCUCCUGUUAGUCAGGUCACAAUGAUGGACGAGCAGCAGAGACAGAAUAGCAUGCUAACGAUGAGAGGGGCAGUAACGUCCAAUCAGCAGCCUCCUGUCCCCGGUGCUUCACCCAAUCAGGUGGCUCAAGGUCAAGCCCAACCCACUGGUGCCAUGCUCCGCCUCCCCAACCCAGGAGCCAAUCCACAGCUCCGUAGCCUUCUCCUGAGCCAGCAGCAGCCACAGAGUGGCGUGUCUCACAUGCAGGGCAUGCUACCGCUGCAGGGUCUCAACCAGCCGAUGGUGCACCCUACAGGAGCCGGCCCUCAGAUCCAGUCGCAGUGGAGACAGCCCAUGUCAGGUCAGAUGAUGAUGAGCGCGGGUCCGAGGGGCGCCGUGGCACAGAACCCCGGGAUGCCCCAGGUGUCGAGCGUGAUGGAGGACGAGAUUCUUAUGGACCUGAUUUGAGGAUUUCCUUUUGCUUUAAAAUGCCACAAAGAAGUGCAGGAGGUGCGGUACUAGGUUACAGAUCCUGCGCGUGCGUGCGUACGUGUGUGUGUAUACUGAUAUCAAUAUUACUAAUGCAAAAUGUACACACAUGCUCUGUUUACUUGAUUGCAUCCGGGAGAUGUAACGCUCCUUUGAUUUAAAUUGAUUCAUCUUGUAUUUUUUAUGCUUUUACUUUUGCAUAGGUUUUACUUUUCUCUUAAGUUCGCCUGCGUUGUUUUAGGGAAAAAAAUUAAAUAAAGCUGAUUUGUUUUGUUCA